AUGAGAAAUGUGCAUAACACAACUUCUCGAACACAUUCUAGGAAAAUGCUACUAACUCGAGAACUAAGAGAAUGGCAACGAAGCAAAAUUACAGCGAUGACAAGAAAUAAUGAUGACAAUUUUUUGCGUGCAACAACAUUAGAAGAACGAUUUGAGGAUCAAUAUGUUCGCAGUAAUACUGCACCAAUAGGAAAGUGA